AUGGCUUCUGGGUUUUCUUCAGCAACCAAUUUAGCCGCUGCAAUGGCCCUAUCCUUCUUCAUCUUGUUCGUCAGUGCUCGCACAUCCUCCCCUGAUCCACCCCAGUCCCCUGCUCCAUCGCCGCUCCCUGCCCGUGUUGAUUCAACCACAGUAUUACUGCUAACAUGUGCAGGCUUAAUCGUGUUCAUGGUUGUCGCCAUGGCUUGUAUGAGUAUUUGUAAACCGAGAAGAAGUACCGGUGGUGGUCACGACGGAACCGUUCUGAAGGUUCAGGUUGUGUUGUCUGCUAGAGCUGGUGACAUUGGCCGUGUGCUUCGCGACAUAUUUGCAAACACCAACAGACCAGAGCCCAUAACAGAGUCGAAGAAGACCGUAUUGAAAGAGACCAUAAAUGCACUGUUGGAGCACCGAAACAGCUUCAUCUAUGGCUCUACAUCCGUGAAGGGGAAACCUUCGGAUGGUAUAUGCAGCUCGUUUGCUGUAGGGCCUCUGGAGGGAAUGGUGAGGAAAGAAAUGAGAAAGCUGAGAAUCGAACGAGAGUGUCUCUACAAUUACCGGUUGGUUCCUAAAUUACCUCCCAAACAGGACAAAGAUUACACUGUGGUGAUGAUUAUGGUGCUUGCUGCGGGUGAGCAUAAGCUCCCUGCGGUCAGUAGUAGUAUGGAUGUGAAAGAAGCUCUCAACUAUCUGGAAAACAAGUUUCUCAUAAUACAGGACGUGGAGGUAAUGUGGGCUUACCAGGAUCAUUUGCGAAUUGUGGAAUUGCUCGAUAGCUAUCCGAACCUGUAUUCCAUCAUGGCUUGAAUCGUGAUGAUGCAAAAUAAUUACUACUACUAUUCCCUGAGAGUCUUUGUACUUAGCUGGUGUGUGGUAUUUGAGGGUUUAUGUCAGAUGGCUCAAUCUGCUAAAUGAAGCCUGGAGAGAUUGGAUUAAUGUAGACCUAUUAAUCGAUGGCUAAGAUUGAAUGUGGCACCUGGCCUUAAUCUUUUUUUUAUUAGAAGAUCACUCUAUAUUAACUAAAGAAAGUCAUUUUGUAGUUGGAUUGAAGUUGAAUCUAUGGAUGGGGAAGGUUGAAGAAGACAUGCCAAACAUUUAACUUAAGUAGCGUGGGCCCCGGUCAUUUGGCCGGAAGUUGGUGAGAUAUGAAAUUUGAUAAUGUAAUGGGGUGUAUAACUUAUUGUUGUAUUUUUUUUUUGAUACACGUGAUAAAAAUAGUGAAUUUUAGA